AUGUAUGCUAUGAAGAUCAUGAAUGAUCAUUCCAAAGAUACUCCACUUUGGCCUAAUGGACCAGCUGAUAAACCGGUGUUGUGUAACGCUUGUGGAUCAAGAUACAAGACAAGAGGACACCUUGACAAUUAUCUUCCCAAGAAUGUCCAUCCUCAGCCACACCACAAGAAAUUUAAAAAUGUAAAUAGCGGAGGAAGUAAUCUCAAUGUUGAGCCUGAGCUUGAGUCCGGCAACCAACUUUUAAACCAUGUUUCGCCUAGAUCUACAACUAAUGGUGACAGCGACAAGUUAACCUUAGAUGUCCAUCAUAUAUCACCACAAGAUUUUGGGAAGAAGAUCCCAUCAAAGAAACGGUCACCGAUGGUGUACAAGCGUAUGAUACCAAUGGAGAAGUUUCAAAAGCAGCUUGUUAAGUUGUAUAAAAGUGAAAGACAACCAGAAGAGAGUGUUUUGGUGGAUAACAUGAUGAACUUCAUACCCGAAAAUGAGAUAGGACUUGGAACCAUUCUUCUUAAGACAAAUGAUGAUGAUGCUUCUUCUACAGAUAAAUGUGGAUCAUCCACAUCUGCACCCUGAUUGAUCAUCGAACGAGGUUUUCAUUUCCUGUCAUUGGAUUUAAUUGCACAAUUAGUAUUUGAGUCUUUGCUUGCAUUGCAGAAAUGUAAGACAUCUUUCGGUGCAUGUUAUGAUUAUGAAUUUGUGACAUCUUUCGGAGUACUUGUUUAUGGACCAAGAACGGUUAUAUUUAUGUAGUGUGUAUGGUAAUGCGCAGAUAUAGAUUGUUGUGACAAUUAAUUAUAUUGCCUUACCAA